AUGUACCGCUUUCGACAUCCACUCCAUCCCUCCAUGGAGGCUAAUUUGGCGGUUUCGUCCGAACUCAGCGAAGGUCACGUCUCUUUGGAUGAUCCGCGGCGGAGGGGAAUUUAUCAUGCGGUGGAUCUAUCCCCCGUCCCUGCUAUCCAACGAAGAUCUUCUUCAGGGGAGGAGGUCCACAACAGCGGCAUCCCACACGCGCCUUCACUCCCGGAGGAUCUCCCUGUGAAGAGCCCUGAAGAUCGAUGGGAGGAGGCUGAAGCGCGGGGGAAUGACUUGCAAGGCGAAAGCGCCUUAGCCCUACGAAGGAAUCCUCCUGGGGCCACUGGUAGGAUUUCUUUUCACCCACGCCAAGUUGCUUUCAAUACGAUUUAUCCUUCAUCGUUCGCACAAGGCGUGGGGUCGAACAACCAACCUCAAAAGAGGCCGAGAUUUGAUCACUAUGGCGAUGUUGGACGAACUGAUGGGUAUAAUUGGAGGAAACUUUCACCAUCUUAUGAUCGACGUCUGGGGGGCGCUGCAUGGGGAGGUCAAUAUGACGAAAACGACGUGCAAACUGCUGGAUUAGGUGAGGAGGAGGAGGAGCCAGAUCUCAUUUUUUCUUCCCAAGACGAGCAGGACCCAUCUGAUACGCGGCAGCAACAAGGUUCCUUUUACUCCUUUAAGCCACCUCAUACCACCAGUAUGCUGGGUGGAGGGUUGGCAAGGGGGAGACCCCACAAAACCUCUGGACAUCUUCCAUUUUUUUCUCAGGCCUUUUCACUUUCAAAUUCUCUGUCAAACUUUGAAGCUUCGUAUGGUGGUCAAACCAGAUCUGGGGAGACCCUUCUAACACGACCAGUUUCUUCAGCUGUGCCUUCCGUGCCACGGCGUAGUUUGGAAAGGCAGUCUUUUUACUCGUUUGAUCGAGCGCGUGGUUUUAACGGACCUAAUUUACUCUACAAAAAACGAGAGCCAAUAAAUAAUCGUCUUUUCGCCACUCAACAACGGCCUCCACUGCUUGUGAUGCCGAAUGCAACCUCCUCCUCGUGGAGGAAUAGCACCCUUGGCAUCUUGGUCAAAAGAUGCGUAUUUACCACUCCUUUACCACGCGGACGAUGGGUUUAUUCCCAUUGCUGCUCCCUCAACACUCUCCCACAUCAGGACUUGGUUAAUAGUUCACCCAAUAAAAAGGCAUUAAAAGCGAUAGCGCCGUCAAAAGAAGUGGAGUUGUCGUGUUCUGCUUGUAUUUCCUGCGCGUUGAUAUGUUCUCUCUGCAGGAUUGCUGAAGCAGCUCCCAACAGUACAUACGCCGUUAAUCCUUGUACGUUGGAAAAAGGUCCCAAUAAUAUAAAUAAAGAUGACAAUGAAACCGAUAUUGCAGUUAGUUUAUUCACAUAUUAUGCCCAUAAUAGCUAUAGAUAUUUGCUUCUCCAAAGAGAUUCUGCCAACGAUGUGCUUGAGAAUGAAAUCAAACGAGAACAAUGA